CGACUCACUCGCGAAUCUGACACCGGUCUGUGAGGAAGCAGCUGCACGGGUGGUGUGUGUCCGUGUUGUGUUUUUUCAGCUGUUGCGUAUGUGUGUGUGUGACUGAGGGUGUGUGUGUGUGUUUCACCGAUGGAGUCGAACAGUGUGGCGUACGGAGCCUCUCUCGCCGGAGCGGGAUUCGAUCCCAUCAAAUUCAUCAAACAGCCUCAAACUAUCAUACGGAUCCUCAGCUGGGUGUUUGCCAUUGUGGUGUUCGCCUCCAUAACCGCUGAAGGGUACGUGAACAGCAGCUCUGAAGGCCAGGUGAAGUGUGUCUUCAACAGGAAUGACGGGGCCUGUCAUUACGGCGUGGGCAUCGGCGUUAUCGCCUUUCUGGCCUCCUUCGCCUUCCUGUUGGCUGAUGCGUUCCUGCCUUCGAUGAGCAAUGCUCAGGAGAGGAAGUACGUGGUGAUGGCAGAUCUGGGCUUUUCAGGUGCCUGGACGUUUCUGUGGUUUGUGUGUUUCUGUCUCAUGGCGGAUCAGUGGUCAAAGACCCAAGACACCAGCGGCAUCCCUACAGACGCCGUCCAUGCCGUCAUCGCCUUCUCAUUCUUCUCCAUUGGAUCAUGGGGAGCGUUAACUUACUUUGCUCUGGUGAGGUUUCGUCAGGGCGUUCCAGAUGUGACCCAGAACUACGCCGAUCCGCCGGUGGACAACACGUCACCGUAUCCCACCACCUAUACGCCGCCCACGUAUCCGUCCUUCCAGAACACCGGACAAGACAUCUACCAGCAGCCGCCCUUCGUACCCAACCCCGACCCGUCCGGCCAGAGCAGCUACCAACCGCCCGUCUAUUGACACGUGACGCGCACAGGAAACUGAAACACGACAUCCAGGUCACGUGACGCCGCGGGAUGUGGGAGGAGCCUCGGCAGGCAGCCAAUAGGAGACUGUUUGCCAUUUGACAUGUGGCCUUACAUGUGUAAAUACUCUGUGUUUUCUUAUGUGACUGUAGAUGAGUUCAGAUAUGCACUGAUGAGCUGGAAUAAAGUAAUAAGUUAUUGUGGAGCUGGUCUGUAGCUCACACUGGAAUCACAGCAGCGUUUGUGUGUUUUGUUAACGUUUUCCCAGCUGAAUGAGUAGGAAUGCGGCGGAAACAAAAAGAGCCCAUUGACCCCGUUUACUAAUUGUGUUAGUGAAUGAAGAGCUGGUUACCAGAUUACAUGCUUAAACAUCCAGCCAAGCUGCAAUAGAGGUUUUGGGCUGUAAAUGCUUUUAUUUGCUUCCAGAUCUAAUAACAUCUGAUUUGAUGUGAAAAAACUGAACCUGUUGUGAUUAAGUCUGGUUUUGUUGGUGUUUCUGGAUGUGAAAUGUUCAGUGAUCCACAUAAACACACUGUGAUGCUGAUCUCUGGUGCUCUUUGAAAUGUUUUUCUGGUUUACCCGCCAUACAACAUUGAUUUGGUGAAGUUUAUCCACUGCACACCAACCAAUUCAAAGCUUAUUGUCUGGGAAUAUGUUCAUACAUUUAAAAAUUAAGAGAUUUAAUUGAUUUGUUUUUAUUGUUUGAUUUGCAGUUUGCUUAAUAGGUUUAGCAUUUCCUUUUUGCCUUUAAAAACUCAGUUUUCUCUGAAUAAGCGGAUUACAUUUUUUAAGUGCAGCUAAAAACAAAAACACUGGUUUGUAUUCUAAAUAAAAAUAAAUAAAUACAA